AUGGCGCGCUUCGCCCGUGUCGCUACUUUGGCCGCGUGUCUCUUGUUCGCCUGCGAUGUUGCUGCUGUUAAUCGGUGGCGGCGGCAGGCCGAUGAUGCCAAGAAAGACGACAACCUGGAGCUAGAGCUAUGCAAGGACAAGGACGCUGGCGAAUGGUUCCGCCUGGUGGCCGGCGAGGGCGACAACUGUCGCGACGUCAUCCAGUGCACUGCCUCGGGCAUACAAGCUAUCCGUUGUCCAGCCGGAUUAUUCUUUGACAUUGAAAAGCAAACGUGCGACUGGAAAGACGCCGUCAAGAACUGCAAAUUGAAAAACAAAGAGCGCAAGGUGAAACCUCUUCUCUACACCGAUGACCCAAUUUGCCCAGACGGCGCCCUAGCUUGCGGUGACUCAAAUUGUAUUGAACGUGGUCUCUUCUGUAAUGGAGAGAAGGACUGCGCUGAUGGAUCAGAUGAAAAUACGUGUGAUAUCGACAACGACCCUAACAGGGCUCCACCAUGUGAUUCGUCACAAUGUGUCCUGCCUGACUGCUUCUGUUCUGAAGACGGCACCGUAAUCCCAGGGGAUCUUCCAGCUAAGGACGUCCCCCAAAUGAUCACAAUAACAUUCGAUGACGCCAUCAAUAACAACAAUAUCGAAUUGUACAAAGAAAUAUUCAAUGGAAAACGUAAAAAUCCAAACGGUUGCGAUAUCAAGGCUACCUUCUUUAUCUCCCACAAAUACACAAACUACUCAGCCGUGCAAGAAACUCACAAGAAGGGACACGAAAUCGCUGUUCACUCUAUUACUCACAACGAUGAUGAACAAUUCUGGAGCAACGCUACUGUAGAUGAAUGGGGAAGAGAAAUGGCCGGCAUGAGGCUCAUUAUUGAAAAAUUCGCUAACAUCACCGACAACAGCAUUGUCGGAGUCCGAGCCCCAUAUCUUCGCGUCGGUGGAAACAACCAAUUCACUAUGAUGGAAGAACAGGCAUUUUUAUAUGACAGCACGAUCACUGCUCCCCUUUCCAACCCACCUCUAUGGCCCUACACUAUGUACUUCCGCAUGCCGCAUCGUUGCCACGGCAACCUCCAAAGCUGUCCAACUAGAAGUCACGCCGUAUGGGAAAUGGUCAUGAACGAACUGGACAGACGUGAAGACCCAACAAACGAUGAAUACUUGCCCGGAUGCGCUAUGGUUGACUCCUGUUCCAACAUCCUUACAGGGGACCAAUUCUAUAACUUCCUUAACCACAACUUCGACAGGCAUUACGACCAAAACAGGGCUCCCCUUGGUCUUUACUUCCACGCUGCCUGGUUGAAAAAUAACCCUGAAUUCUUAGAAGCUUUCCUAUAUUGGAUCGAUGAAAUUCUUUCGACACACAACGACGUUUACUUCACGACUAUGACGCAGGUCAUUCAGUGGAUCCAGAACCCACGCACAAUUUCCGAAGCUAAAAACUUCGAGCCAUGGAGGGAAAAGUGCGCAGUAGAAUCGCCCCCGGCCUGUUGGGUACCCCACUCCUGCAAAUUGACAUCGAAGGAUGUUCCCGGGGAAACUAUCAACCUUCAAACGUGUGUAAGGUGUCCAUCCAAUUACCCAUGGCUCAAUGACCCCUCGGGCGAUGGCCGCUACUGA